CAACUUAUCCACUGGAUAUGGCUCCCGGUUUGAGGAGUGGGCGGACAGGUCACCCCAGAGUGGCGGGAGCCGGCGGGGCAGACCCCGGUGGGUGCUCGCCGCAGCGGACGGAUGCCGGAGGAGAGGGGAGGUGUUUGAGGACCAGGUUGCGAGUCGGAGCAGCGGGAAUGCUUGCAAACUGUCUGCUGUCUGUGGCAGUGCUUUUACUUCUUGUCCGGUGCGCUUUGGCCGCAGAGGAAAAAUCCACCUAUGAUGCCUCAGGCUCCUCACCUUUACCGAGCAACCCAGCAAUCACAGGCAUUCCUGCUCACCCAUCGGCUGACCUGUCAGUGGCUGAGGAGGUGCCUUUCCCAGUUGUCCAUUCAGACAGUCACUCAGACUCUGAUGGGGAGGGCUUAUCGGGGCAGCCUGCUUUUUCUUCUGUCUUAACCAUGAUGGCAGGAACUGUCAAACAUCCAGUGAGCCUUGAUCAAAGUAGAACCUUCCCAACUAUCACCAGGGAUGAGACCCAUACCACCCAAUGGCCUUCACGUAAUUCCAGCCAGGGUUCAGACAUGUCCUCCUCAUCGUCACAUGUGGGAACACUUGUUCUUACAGAGGCAGAGACGGAUGAAUUAACUGCUGGAACCUCCAAAGCAGUUGGACUCACUUUCCCCAAAGAAAAAGAGGCCAGUUUAACCCCCUCUCAAUCAGUCAGAAUUACCCAUUCUGCUGGACCCACCGAGAGGACAUCUCAGGUAUCACCUCUGACCCCUCGACAAGACACCACAACAGCCUCUGUUAAGCUUACAACCACCACAGCUUCAACCACAAAAACUAAAAACCCCACCACUACCAUGCCUUCCCUAAGAGUGACUACGCAGUCAACCACCACUACCACACCACAGACCACAGUUGUGACCAGGAGAACAACAACCACCACCACAACCGUCAGGACUCAGUCCAAUAGGAGAACAUUCACACCACCUAUCCUAAAAAUGAGCCCUCCCAGGGGGGUCACUGGUGUCUUCAUGUCACCUUUCACCACUACCACGGAGACUCCACCACAACAAUGCAACAUCACUGAGAGAAUGUGGGUGAAAACAGUUGUUUCCAUCUAUGUGAGGAGAAACAGGUUGGAUAGCAUUCAGAGGCAAAACCUGCGAAGAGGACUAAGUCAAGGCCUCAGGAAAGCCCUCAAUGAUACCUCUGCCCAAGCACAGGUAGAGACUGUAUUUGGUUCUCCCAACAUGACAGUGGCGUAUCACGUGACUGGAGCAGAUAUCGUUUACCCUCCGUCUGUAGUGCUGGAAGGGUUGGCAUCCUAUGGCCGUGAUAAGCUGAUUGCAGACCUACGGCAGUACCUCCCCAUGGUAACAGCCCUGCCCCUCCCAGUUGCUUUAUGGAGACCCAGCCCAGCCACUGGCUUCCAGCUGAAAACAGUGCUACAGUUUGUGGGAGUAGGUGAUGAUCCUCGGUCCUGUCGCUUCUCUCAAAUGAUGGAGCAGAGGCUUGAGAAGGUUUUUUCUGAAGCGCAGGCCAAAGUGCUCAAUGCCAACAGCAGACUCUCUGUUCAGAUGUUGAGUGUCUCUCAGGCAGCAAGCUACCCUUCUGUGUCACUGGUCUACACUGUAAAGAAUGGGACUGCCUUUCUUAACGGCACAGCUGCCUCAAACCUCCUUGGUCAGCUGUCAGCUGAGCUAGUGGGCUACUUCCUGUUCUAUCCACCACUUGUCAUUGCUGAGCCAAUGGAAUAUCACAAUCUGAACACUUCCAUAGCAACCAGAGACUUCUGGGUUGUUACAGUGAUCCAGGAUGUGGAUAAUGCCAGCCUGGAGGGACAGUACCAGAGCUUCGCCAGUCUAAUGGAACAGCGGCUGGCAGAGUUGUUUGUGUUGGCGGGCCAGCAGGGCACUCGUUUUAGACGAGCGACUACUGUAGGCAGCUACACUGUCCAGAUGGUGAGCAUCCGCAGGACCUCAGGGUUGAAGAAUCCAGCUGAGAUGACCUACUAUGUCCAACACAAUGGCAUUCCUUUAUUGGGGACAUCAGCUGCCAAAGUCCUGAACACAGUGGAUUCUCAGACUAUGGCACUCACCCUGGGCUACUUUGUUCAGGUGCAAGCAGAACCUGUGGUCAAGAACCCUCCUAAUAACCUUUGGAUAAUCGCUGCAGUGUUGGCCCCGAUCUCUGUAGUAACACUCAUUCUUAUCAUCAUCGCAGCUGUGCUGUGCAGGAAGAAUAAGAAUGACUUCAAAGCCGAUGCCAUUGGUAACCUUAAUCCUCGAGCUAAGAUGGCGUACCGGAGAGAUGUGGGCUAUUAUCACCAGCCAGUCCAAGGUUUUGACUAUGCCAAGCAGCAUCUGGGCCAACAAGGAGGAGAUGAAGAAACACUGCCUGUCAGUCAGGAUACCUUAGUGAUGUCUCUACAAAUACGGGACACGCCACUUUCACGAGAAAAAGCUCUGCAACAAGACGGAACUGCCAACAAGAAAAGCCUUACCGCUGACAAACACAAAAGCAAGUUGCCAAGUGAGGAUGGUUCCGUCAUCAGCAACGAAUCAGAGAAGCCCAAUUCCGGCAGGGGCCUGACGGUGUCGAAAAUCACAGCACAGCAGAAACUGACAAAGGAAGAGACUCGCAAGAGGGACGAUCCAUAUGACACCUCCUCUGGCUCCCUGCAGCUUAUUUCCAUAAAGCCCAUAGCAGCUCAGACCAACUACUCACAUCCAGCAUCCUCUGACCGCAGCCAGGACUCAGCUAUUGUCAAUGGAGAGGUGAACUUGGCACUGAAGCAGAAGUCAGACAUUGAGCACUAUAGGAACAAGCUGAGGCUGAAGGCUAAAAGGAAGGGCUAUUAUGAUUUCCCGUACGCCAAUGGCAGCAGCAGCAGCCGAGCUGUGACACAGAGACAGCGACAUGGUCAUGAGAGGGCUGCCGAUGAGCAUGGAAGACCACUGGAGCCGGAUGAUGAGCGAGGUUCUACUUAUGUCAAGUCUCACCGGAGGCACUCGCAGGUAGGGCAGACGGCCUAUCGAAGCAGACAAAGCCUAAGCAGUCCGAGCCCCGGAGGAACAGAGAUGGACCUGCUUGUAAUGAGAGAGAGACCCAGGAGAGGCAUCCGCAACAGUGGCUAUGAUACAGAGCCAGAGUUGAUUGAGGAGACAAAUGUUGAUCGUCUAAUGGGGCCGCGGGGAUACAUGCUUGGACGGGGCUUGAAAGGCCACUCAGAGACAUCCACUCUGAGCUCACAGCCGUCCAUUGAUGAAGUGCGACAGCAGAUGCACCUGCUGCUGGAGGAGGCAUUCAGCUUGGCUUCAGGGGGGCAGUCCACAUCCGGAAGGCACUCCCACCACCAACCCAACCACUACAGCCCUGCACCGCCUCCUCUCCCUUAUGCAGACGUGGUGACCAGCGCACCGGGUACAAUGAGCUCUGGACGGGGAGGCCUGCAGUGGGUUCCAUCUUAUGGUGCAGAUAUGUAUCAGUGUAGCCUGCCUAAACCAGCCUUUCGCUUCACCCAGCUUCCUGAGGCCAUGGGUUCUCCUCCCCCUUUACCACCUCGCACUGGGCCCCCUCCUGGGACUUCUCUAAGACGUUCCACUUCUGACUUGGGGCCUAAGGGAAGGAGCUUAGAGACAUCUGUCACUGAAAUGCAAAGUCAACAUGACAACAACCCAUAUGGGUCAACCACUAGAGCAGCACUUCCAUCUAUCACUGCAGAGCAGCCUGUGUGCAACUACUCAGGAAACCCAAUCACGGCUGUCUAUGCCAUCCCAGCCACAAGGCCCGGUUACUCAGAGUACUUUGUCUCCACACCACCCACCUCUUACCACAGUCCCUCUUGGAUGUCCUAUCCACCUGAACCUGAGGAUGUGCCACCACAGUGGGCAGAUUCUGUGCCCCUGCCUGGUUAUGUAGAGGCGUUUCCACAUCCUCGCUACCCACAGGGGAGCCCCACCAGGCUGUCCCUGCAGUAUAACCAGACACUGGAGCCGCCACCCACUGCCCCUAGCACAGCAUCCCAGCAAAGUCUACCCCAGGUGCUGAAGGACAUGGACAGCAUGCCCCUGAGCAGCCUCUCCACCUCCGCACUUGUGCAAGCUAUUCGACAGGAGGUGGCAAAGCUGGCGAAGAAGCAGAAUGACAUGUUUGAGUUCUAGUUUUGAUUCUGCUCCUGUGUGUGCAGGAGAUGCACACAACGGUGGCAAUCCUUUGGACAGAUUUUUGAUGUUUGUACUCUAUAGAAGACUGAUCUUCUUGAUCCACUGAUGAUCCACUUAUUGAUUUCUUUUCAUACACCAUUGAUGUUUUUUAACUCCUGACUUAAAGGAAAUGAACAAAAGAUUAUUGCCAUCCUCUGUUGAUGAUGUCCCAAGUAACUACAUGCAUCUCUUUGUAGAUAUGUCAAUAGGAUAUGUUAAAUAUGGAAAAUGUCUUUUUUUUUUUUCCAUGAUUACACAUUUUUUUUUGUCAAUUAGGAUUAACUGAGAAGAGACAACCUGUAGCGUUACUGUCUGUACUGAGAGGACCAAAUUCUUCCUGUCAGAAGGGUAAGUAUAAACCACAGUGUAUAUGAGCAUGUACAGUAUAAGGACAUUGUGUAUCUAAUCUCCUUUUAUAGAACGUUAGCUUGAACAAGAUGGGCUCGAUCACUAUCUGCUAAUAUACAUCGCUUUUUAAUGAUUAUUUGCAGAUCACAUAAUAACACCAUGACAAUAACAACAAAUACUGGUUGUCUUUGGUCGACUGACAUCAUUUUUUUUUUUUUUUUUAAGUUUAAACUAGUUUCUUUAAAUUAAGGACUGGUUUAAAUAUAGAGUGUGUGUGUGUGUGUGCGUGCCUGUGUGUGUAUUUGUCUUUUUAGUUUGAACAUGAAGUGAACAUGAAAUCUCAAGAUGCAUCGAUGAUGAUGUGACUUACACAUGGAAUGUUUAUAUUUAUACAUGUGAAAUGAGAGAAUCAUAUAUGACUGGAGUAUUUGUUUGAGUGUUCACAAAGUACACUGACUUGGUUAGCAUUAACAGAUAUUUUCUUUGAACAGUAAUGGGUGGUUAUUAUAGUAUAUUACAGUUAAAUACUUUAACCAUGUGUUUUUUUUUUCAUGUAGAAACACAAACACUUUUCUCAGUCUUUUAAAAACCCUAAAUGAACAACUUUGAAGUCAAAGUUAUAUGCUCAGCUGGAGGGGCUGGAUUUUUAUACUGAGGCAAGUGGUUGUAUGAUUUGCAGUUCAGUGCACCUACUUUACAGUCUCAAACCCUUGAACAAAAAUCAGUCUCUUUGCUGCAGAUAAAGAUAGUGAGUAUAAUGCUUGUUUACUGCCCCUAAAACAUCUUGAUGGUCUCAAUGAGCACAUUUCAUGAAUAAAUGUCAAGUUUGUAUAAAGUACUGAUCCAUAAGGAGGUUCUGCAUCAGUAUUCCCAUUCAGAGUUUUAAGCGCACAAGCUGUCAUGUCAUCAUGUAACAAUCUGAGUGCAAGCCGGAGUGUCAACUCCAACUCAAUGUGGAGUACUUGUUCAGGAACAAUGUUCAGUAUGAACGUAUCACUGUGGAUCAUCAUGGUGCCCUGGAGUCAUCCACUUUGUAAAUCCAUAUACAGCAUGCUAUGGUAGACAGUAACCUUACCCCCCUCCCAUUUUUUUUUUAGAACUUUAACAAAAUAAGCCAGGCCAUACAUAAAAAAUAUCCAUCAACCUCAAGAUGUGAAAGAUAAAAUAUAAGAAUUAAUUAUGCAGAUCCAAGCCCAAUGAAUACAGUAUGUAUUACACAUAGUAUAUAUUUACAUGUUAAAUAAAACACCAAGCCUUGACUGGAAUAAAGGAGACUUGAACAUGCCAGAAUUAUUUAAGCAGGGAUAAGAAGAAAGGAUAUUGGGAUUAUUCCCUGGAAGAACUGGAGUAUUAAAGAGUUCCUGCAGCCUUUUCCAGUGGCAUGGGCUUAAUUUAUCCAAAUCUUUAUCGACUUUGCUAGCCUAUGACGUCAUCAUAAACAAAUCUUUGAACUAUUCUUUAAAACUACCGUGACAGAAAUUCAUCUUUCCUCAUAUUUCACUGUGGCAUAAAAGGCUCCAGCAGGUUAGUAUGAACUCUUAAUGCAUAAUUGCUUGCUUGGGAAUUGGAAAGUGGGACAGACUGAAGAUGAGUGCAUGUAGGCCUGCAGCAGGGAUGCAGCAAUAUGUUUGUAUACACACUGAUAUGGUAUUAGGUUGCCUACUUUUACUAUAAUAUUCAUGUGGAAUGCUUUGGUGAUUAUAUUGUGAUCAAUGCUGUUGUGGGAAAGAAGUCAGUGGUGACAUGAAGAGUGAAGAUGCCUUCAAAUCAUUAUUUCCUUUUAUAGAGCAGUAUUGCCUUUUUCAGCAAUCCUGGAUGAAUUUAGCCUUUUUGCUUCAUGACUACUUAACAAAGUAUCCUUCUUUUCCAAUAACUGUUCUUUUAUACUCAUGCCUGUUGAUGUGUCUGUAGUUAUGAAGAAAUAUUGUCUGUCCUAAACUCAACACAAGCUCUCUGCUUGUUUUUAUUCAUUUUACUGAUUAUUCAGAGAAGCACUUGUGUCUUAAGAGCUGUAGGUAAUACAGUGAAACCAUUUUUGUGUAUACCAGAAGUGAACACCUUUCCACAUUCUCAUGCUGGAUAUCUGAGAAAACUUAGCGAUAUGAAAUUAAGGGGUUUUAGGGGAUUUAUUGAUUUAGAAAAAUGAGUAUUUAUUCUCUAAAAAUUAAAUACGAAGUG